GCAGGGCAGAGAACGGGGGUCACUGCUGUCAGGACAGAGGACGGGGGUCACUGCUGUCAGGACAGAGGACAGGGGUCACUGCUGUCAGGACAGAGGACAGGGGUCACUGCUAGACAGGGGGGUAGAGGACAGGGGUCACUGCUGUCAGGGCAGAGGACAGGGGUCACUGCUGGCAGGGCAGAGGACAGAGGUCACUGCUGGCAGGGCAGAGGACAGAGGUCACUGCUGGCAGGGCAGAGGACAGGGGUCACUGCUGGCGGGGCAGAGGACAGGGACUGCAGGGGGCAGAGGACAGGGACACAG